AUGCAGGCGCGGCGUCUAGCCAAGCGCUCCAGCCUGGGCAGCCGCCGGGGGGGCGCCGCGCUGCAGCCUGCCGGGCCCGCGGCCGCGGCCGCCAAGGAAGCCGCUCCGCCCGGGCUCCCGCCCCCUGCCCCGGGCCCGGCCCCGGCGCUCGCCCCGGAGAGCUGGAGGCCGCCGCUGCCACCGCUGCCGCCGCCGCGCAGCGCCGGGACCGGCCCCCCUCGGGCCGCCGCCGCCGCGUCGCCGGUGCUGCUGCUUCUGGGGGAGGAAGACGAGGACGAGGAGGGCGGGAGCAGGCGGCGGAGGGGGCUCGGGCGGGUGGAGGAGAAGCCCCGAGGGGGCGCGGAGGAGGAGGAUGACGACGAGGAAGACGAAGACGAGGAGGUGGUCGUCGAGGUGGUGGACGGCGACGACGACGACGAGGACGGCGAGGAGCGUUUCGUGCCCCUCGGAUCCGGCCGCGCGGUCCCCAAGGGCCCUGCCCGGGGCGCGUUGAAGGUGGGGAGCAUUAAGCGGGAAAUGACCUUCACAUUUCAGUCAGAGGAUGUAAAACGUGACUGUAGUAAAAAAAUGUCUCAUCAGCACGUGUUCUCCUUGGCCAUGGAGGAAGAUGUGAAAACAGCAGACACCAAAAAAGCCAGCCGGGUCCUUGACCAUGAAAAAGAAAACACUCGCUCCAUCUGUCUCCUGGAGCAAAAAAGAAAAGUUGUUUCCUCCAAUAUUGAUGUUCCUCCGGCAAGGAAAUCUUCAGAGGAACUAGACAUGGACAAGGUGACAGCAGCAAUGGUACUAACCAGCUUGUCAACCAGUCCUUUGGUUCGAAGUCCUCCCGUGCGGCCGAACGAGAGCCUCAGCGGAUCCUGGAAGGAGGGCGGCUGCGUGCCUUCCAGCACGAGCAGCAGCGGCUACUGGAGCUGGAGCGCCCCCAGCGACCAGUCCAACCCGUCCACGCCGUCGCCGCCGCUCUCGGCCGACAGCUUCAAGCCCUUCCGCAGCCCCGUGCAGCCAGACGACGGCAUCGACGAGGCGGAGGCCAGCAACCUGCUCUUCGACGAGCCCAUUCCCAGGAAGAGAAAGAAUUCCAUGAAGGUGAUGUUCAAAUGCCUCUGGAAAAACUGUGGGAAGGUGCUGAGCACCGCGGCAGGUAUCCAGAAACACAUCCGGACCAUCCAUCUGGGGCGUGUUGGGGAUUCUGACUACAGUGAUGGAGAAGAGGAUUUUUACUACACUGAGAUCAAGCUCAACACAGACUCAGUGGCAGACGGGCUGAGCAGCCUGGCCCCAGUCUCACCUUCCCAGUCCCUGGCUUCGCCUCCUACUUUCCCCAUCCCAGACUCAAGCCGAACAGAAACUCCUUGUGCCAAAACGGAGACUAAGUUGAUGACGCCCUUGAGCCGCUCAGCUCCCACCACCCUCUACCUCGUGCACACUGACCAUGCUUACCAGGCCACACCCCCUGUGACCAUUCCAGGAUCAGCCAAGUUCACCCCCAAUGGCAGCAGCUUCAGCAUUUCCUGGCAAUCUCCUCCGGUCACUUUCACAGGCAUUCCAGUAUCACCCACACAUCAUCAUCCAGUGGGCACAGGAGAGCAGAGACAGCACGCACACACGGUCCUGUCCUCCCCGCCCAGAGGCACGGUCAGCCUAAGGAAGCCCAGGGGAGAGGGCAAAAAGUGUCGGAAGGUGUAUGGGAUGGAGAACCGAGACAUGUGGUGUACCGCCUGCCGCUGGAAGAAGGCCUGCCAGAGGUUCCUCGACUGAAAGGCCCCCCAGGCGGAAGGGCUCAGGGCCCUGAGCUGCUCCUGGCCUGGCCUGGCCUGCUGCUGCAGGUGUUGGAAAGAGCUUUUCCUGCUGAAUACAGCACAGUCGAAGCCAGGAAAACCUUUUCAGGAACCUUGAAGGAAUAACAGCAAAAACAAAAAAAAAAAUUUUUUUGAAGUCACCACCUAUGACAGAAGAAAGUUGCUCUUACUGAGAACCCAGUCUGAAGCAGCUAUAACUGGUUUUUUUUUUUCCUUCAAAAGAAAAGUCAACUUUUUUUGCUGUAUGUCUAGACUUAAAACUGUGGACUUCUGUAGCAAUUGAACCAACAAGGCCCAUUUUACCUAGAAAGUAGGCAGAUUUUGAUAAGCUUUCUGAAUUAUGCCAUUUUCAAGAUUUUUUUGACACUUAAAAAACCAGCUACAGGUUAUUCAGUAGCAUUUGUACAAAAAACAAUACCUACUUUUAUUGUGAAUAAUCUUUUCCCUGUUUUUCCAUUUGACUUCUUGGAGCAGUAUACAUCAGGAUGUGUUGCAAGAAAGUGCAGCACUCUGGACAUCUUUUCUAUGUCUUUUUGUUUUGUUUUGAAGAAUGGCCCCAGUUGAACCAUGGUAGAGCUGUUAGCUUGUAGGGCCCCAGAUGGCAUAAAUUUGAGAAGCAAUUAUCCAUGGAAAUCACCAGCAGACUUCAGCCCCACACUGAGUUCAGGAAGUCCAGCUGUCACUGUUGGGAAACAUCUAGGAGUCUUCCUUGAAUCCAUAAGAAGCUCUUCUCCUAGAGGCAGCACAGCUCGCUCUACUGUCUGCCUGCCGCAGCUCAGUCAAGAACUGGCACCUGUAGCCAUCUGGGUAAGCCUUGAUGCUUCUUCAGGGAUGUGACACAAAUGGCAGCUUGGAGCGAUUUGUUACUACUUGUCUGUCAAGAUUGUAGCCAGGUUAAUGGGUCAUUUGCCUUCUCUCCAAACUCUACCACUGACUGAUUUCAGAAGAGGUCGAGAACUCCAAACUGUCCCAGUAGGUUUGCUUUAGACAACAAAGCACAGCCCACAUGGCCCCACCUGUUCAUAAAGUCAUGUUAGGCUGACAAACCACUUCCAUUCUGAGUGCACUUUUAUAGGUUUUAUGCUUUAGCAUGUCUGAGAGAUGAGUUAAUUAACAAUAUAAACAUUCUGUGGGUAAAUGGAAGGUCCAAAUCUUAAUUUUUUUCUUAUAAAAAUAUUGGAGCUAUUCAUUUAAGAAUUCACUCAAAAGGGAACAUA